AUGGAAUCUGUUCCCUUCCUUUCCGCAGGCGAUGGCGUUCUAGGCUGCUUGGGAAGUUCAGCAAGGCCACCUAAAACCAGGGCAAGCGAUGGGGGUUUUGAUGCAGGAAAGACAACUGCUGCUGUUCGGGCCAACGACGUCACUGUCGUCGCCUCCUCCGCUGCUUCAACAGCCGCAGUUGGAGGGCGAAAAACCAAUCUGAUUGAUGACAUCAUUCUUCUCCUCCGCUGA